AUGGGUACUCAAAUAAAGAUAAAAUAAAAGAACUGUUAUAUAUUAUGUUUAAGAAUGGAGUUUCACUUUCAUUUAGAUUGUGUUUACUAGCAUUCUAAUGAUUAGUCUAAAUUGAUUAUAGAAUAAGAGACUUAAAUUAAUUUGAAUAUUCUCUAAGGUUCUUAUUUAAUGAGUAAGUCUUUGGCAGAAUAAACAGAUGAUAAAGAAAGUCUAAUAAUAUUUAUGAAUAAUCAAUAAGCUAUUUCUAAUGUUUUUGGUUCUUAAAAAGGAAUUUAGAAUUUGUAAAAAUAUAUUUAUAUUAUAAUGUUAAUGGAGGUUAUAUUUAUUUCUAAUAAAAUAAAGGAGUAUUUAUAUAUCUUAUAACUUGUUCGAAUGAUUGAAAUUCAUUUCUUAAAUUCAAAAAUCACAGAAGCCCCUACCUAAAAUAAGCUAAAGAUCAAUUUUGAAAUUGUAUCAUUAUGA